AUGGUUGCUAUCAACCCCAAUCACCACCCCUCCCUUUCAGAGGACUACGAGCCGGGCUCAACCUCCUCAACAGCACACGACUGGUCACUCCCCAUCCGCAUACAAGGCGCACACUUCGUCGACCCCUACAACCGUGUUCUCAACCUACGGGGUGUCAACCUCUCCGGCGCUUCUAAAACGCCUGGGGAUCACGACCCCGCCCACUUCCUGGAUGAGAACCACUGGAGAGGAGUGAGCUUUGUCGGAAGACCCUUUCCUCUCGAACAGGCGGAUGAGCAUCUCGCGAGAUUGAGACGGUGGGGGCUGACGUUUGGUGUGUUCCCCCUUUCUACCAAGACUAGGCUGACCAGCGUAGUGAGGCUCAACGUGACAUGGGAAGCGAUCGAGCACUCUGCUCCAGGAGAAUAUGACCAUGACUAUCUGACAUACCUUUAUUCCCUCCUCUCAAAGUUCCCCGCCUACGGGCUCGUGGCCUUUGUCUCGAUGCACCAGGAUGUCUUUUCCCGCUUUUCCGGCGGCUCAGGAGCCCCAGCAUGGACGCUUACGAGCGUAGGGUUAGAUUUGGACGCACUAGAGGAAACGGGGGCAGCGUAUUUGGAAGGUGUGAGGCAUCCGGGCAAGUCGGAGGAGGAUAGAGGUACUUGGCCUACGGGGUAUCAGAAGCUUGCGGCGGCGACAAUGAACACCCUCUUCUGGGCUGGUGAUACCUUCGCUUCGAAGCUGAAAGUCCAGUGGCAAGGAAAGGAGGUAGGCGCACAACAGUUCCUCCAAGACAGGUUUCUCGCUGCCUGGGAAGUGCUCGUCCAACGACUCGCUCCCCUCCCCGCCGUGGUCGGGUUCCAAAUGAUGAACGAGCCCCACAGCGGGUACGUGGAGAACCACAUACAUACAUGGGACUACAACACCGACCUACACCUGUGGGCGUUCCCCACCCCUCUCCAGUCAAUGGCGCUAGGCGCCGGCCACCCCCAGCGGGUAGCAUACUACACCCGUUCCUUCCCUUUCCCCACCCGGCAGAGCGGGUCGAAGCUUAUCAAUCCGAAGGGGAGGAAAUGUUGGCGCGAGGAUGGGCCGACGGAGGGCAGGUGUGUGUGGGAGAUGCACGGUGUCUGGGGCUGGGAGCGAGGGAGGGGGGAAGCAGUUGCAUUAAGGGAAAACUAUUUCAUGUGGCAUCCGACUACUGAUAAAAUGGUGGAGUGGUACGAAGAUUUCUACUUCCCGUUUGCGAAGCGCUGGUCGGAGAGGAUGCACGCCCUUUCCGGAGGGGAGAAGCUCAUAUUCCUCGAGCCGAUACCUAACGAGUUCUGCCCUCCCUGGCCGGAAGAGUUCAGGCCCAAAAACUUUGUCUACGCACCACAUUGGUACGACCUUAAUGCGCUCUUCAAAAAACAAUUCGGGAACGUGAGCGUAAACGUGCAAGGCUUAUCCCGGGGGAUGUUCCUCCUCAAAGCUCUUUACUGGGGGGACAAAGGCGCGAAAGAGAACUAUGCUAUGCAGCUCCGGAAUGUCGUCGAUUCUGUCUCUGCUGCUGGGGAACGGCCUGUGGUGGUGGGCGAGUGUGGGGUACCCAUGGAUAUGAACAACGCUCAUGCGUUCAAAACCGGCGACUUCACCUGGCAAUCCCGGAUGCUCGAUGCCCUCAUCUCAGGGCUGGACAGCGCCCGAGCGAGCUUUACGCUAUGGAACUACAAUCCCGGAAACACGGACGCCCAGGGUGAUAGGUGGAACGGAGAGAACUUCUCCUUCUACACUCUUUCCGCCCGCGCUCUCUCUUCUUCCUCCGAAUUCAAGGAUUCAGCGCUAGCGCAGACCAAUCCCGAACUAGACGACGGCGGACGGGUGCUGUCCUCACUCGUCAGGCCCUACCCGGCCAAAGUCGCCGGAAUCCCUCUGUCGUACAGCUAUUCCACCAGCACGGGAGUGUUCGAGCUCACGUACGCCUCGCCUGCGCAUGCGGGCGCGGAGCUGGAUCUGGGACGUGGGAGGGACGGAUGGGUACCGCUCGAUCACCCCGCAAUAAUGGCACGGGAAACGGAGAUAUUCCUCCCUCUUCUCCUUACCCAAGGAAGGGAAGUGAAAGUCGAAGGAGCGUGGAAGUGGGUGUACAGCGAGGAGAGACAGACGCUGUAUGUCCUCCAGGAGACUACGGGGGAGGCGAGGGCAUGGAACGUCAAGGUUAGAGUGAGGCCCGCUUUGACAGUAAGGCAAGAGGGGGAGUGGACUUGGGUUUGGGCGCUGUUAGGCGUGCUGUUGGGAGUGGGUGUUUGGUUCCUUAUCCGGUAG